AUGGCCGACUCUCUAGAUUACCUCAAGAUUUGCGACAGCUGCCCAGCCGGCGACGGUUGGGGCCCCUCCGUGACCUCGGAAACCACCUUGGACGGUGUGCCCUAUGCGCCAUUCUCCAAAGGCGAUAAACUCAGUCGGAUGGCCGACUGGACCGCCGAGGGAAAAGACCGCGAUCGAGGCCGGAACCAGUACAACAGAAACUACAGAGACCAACAAGCCUACGGUGCCAGUCAUGCCGUCUCCUUCAACGCCCCCCCGGCCGAGGACGAAUCGUCCUUCUCCAUUGUCAGCAACACCAGAGACUCGACCAAGUCGCGAUACGGCCGAGGAGCCGUCUUCACCCGGGGUGGACGUGGCCAGCGCGGCGGACGUGGUGAUGCUCGUGGCGGCCGAGGCCAGUUCCAGCGAGUAGGAGGGCAAAGGCAGGGCUACGACCGAGGGGCCCGAUCCAACGCCGGCACUAGAGGUCGCCGCUUUGGCUGGAAGGACUACGACAAGCCCACCCGCAACCGCGACGCCAGUGUCAACAUCAAGGCCGACUGGGAGCUCUUGGAAGAGAUUGAUUUCAACAGACUCGCGAAGCUGAACCUGGACGCGGACGACGGCGAGGACCUUGACGAUUACGGCUUCCUCUACUACUACGACCGCUCGUUCGACAAGCAGCCUGUCAAAGGUGCCGAGAAGAAGCUGACGGCUAUUGACCGUGCCGCCUACAACGUCACCACGUCCGCGGAUCCAGUCAUCCAGGAGCUGGCCGAGAAAGACGAGGCCACCAUCUUCGCCACCGACAGCAUCCUUUCCAUGCUCAUGUGCUCCCCUCGUUCCGUUUAUCCCUGGGACAUUGUCAUUGUGCGCCAGGGCAACAAGAUCUUCCUCGACAAGCGAGACAACGCCACCCUGGACAUGGUCACCGUCAACGAGAACGCCGCGGAUGCCCCUCUGGAUGCUGCCGAUGGCGGCAAAGAGGGUGUCAACCAGCCUAAUGCUCUUGCCGAGGAAGCCACCUACAUCAACCACAACUUUGCCAACCAGGUUGUCAACGAGAGCGAGACCUCCAAGGUGGAGAUGAGCCACGCCAACCCUUUCUACAACUCCUCCGAAGAUACCGACCCCCCGGCCAGCAAGGCAUACAAGUACAGGAGAUUCGACCUCUCCACAAACGACGAGGAGCCGGUGUACCUGGUUGUCCGUACCGAGGUCGAUGCCGUUCAGAAGAGUGCUGUUGGCGGCGAAGACCAGCUCGUUACCAUCCGGGCCCUCAACGAGUUUGACAGCAAAGCCCAGGGUAGCGGUGGUGCCCUCGACUGGAGAAGUAAGCUCGUCACCCAGCGUGGUGCCGUGGUGGCUACCGAGAUGAAGAACAACAGCUGCAAGCUAGCCAGAUGGACAGUCCAGAGCAUCCUGUCCAAGUCCGACAUCAUGAAGCUCGGCUUCGUGUCCCGUGUCAACCCUCGUUCCAACGACAAGCACGUCAUCCUCGGGGUAGUUGGCUGGAAGCCUCGCGAUUUCGCCAACCAAAUGAACCUGUCCCUUUCCAAUGGCUGGGGUAUUGUUCGCACCAUCGCCGACAUGUGUCUGAAGCGCGAGGAAGGCAAGUUUGUCCUGGUCAAGGACCCCAACAAGUCCAUCCUCCGUCUAUACGAGGUUCCUGCCGGCAGCUUUGACGAUGACGACGACAACGAAGAUGAGCAGGAGGAAGUGGAGAAGGGCGAGGACAAUGAGUAG